ACAGCCAAUGAAUGGAUGACUGCGCUCGCAACUUAGUCAACCGCUCUGUUAAAGUGUACGAAAUAGUAAUAAAUAAACGCGAGUCUUUUGUACACUGAGCUGGUACAUUUGUAUGAGUCGAUUCGGCUAAGUUUAAUCACACAAAACGUCACACCUGCGGGGUACAACACGGCAUUACGCGGCCACUGUGAUAUAGACUACCUUACAUUGCAUGUAAAAACAUGGACUCGUCAUCUGGACUGAAGAAGGUGCUAAGCAUUGGGCUUGUGUGUUUGGAUAUUGUGACAGUGAGUGACCGAUACCCAACAGAAGAUACGGACAAAAGAUUGCUGGACUACUACUGGCAGAGAGGAGGAAAUGCCUCCACAACAAGCACAGUACUGGCCAUGCUCGGGGAGAGGUCAGAGUUCAUGGGAGCCAUAGCAACAGAUAUAGAGAGCGAUUUUCUUAGAGAUAAUCUAAAGAGUUACGGGGUUAACUUUGACAACGCAAUGGUGUGUGGGCCUGACUUCAAUACUCCCGUGUCCAUGGUGAUCAUAAACCAGUCAAAUGGAUCAAGGACUAUUCUGCACUGUGCCAAAAAUUUACCGAACAUCACAUUUAAUCAUUUCCAAACCUUAGAUCUAUCACAGUAUAAAUGGAUUCACGUUGAGGCCAGGCCAGCCCCAGAGGCCUACAGUCAGAUGAUGCGUAGUAUGGUGGAGUACAAUGAUACGGCCAUCGACAAGAUCACAAUCUCACUCGAAUUGGAGAAACCUGGACGGCGCAUACUAGAUUGUCUCAUACAGUAUGCGGAUGUCCUGUUUAUCUCCAAGGAUAAGGCUGGUGAAGACCGUCUGUUUUCCAAAGAAGACGCCGUUCGUGCAUAUGUUAAGAAAUGCAAACCUGGGGCCGUGGUGAUCUGUGCGUGGGGUGACCAGGGUGCCGCAGCUCUCAGUAGUACAGAUGGUGUCCUGUGUACCAGUCCCGUAUUUCCCCCGGAAACACUGGUGGACACUCUCGGAGCCGGUGACACAUUUAAUGCUGCUACCAUCUUUGCUCUGUGUCAAGGUCGGAGUGUACAGGAGGCGAUAACUCUUGGAUGUAAAGUAGCGGGGACAAAGUGUGGAAUGAAAGGCAACAAAGGACUCAAAGAUAUAAUAUGGUAGUGGAGUAGCGUUAUGUAUGACAAUUAUACAUUGUAUGUUAAUCAUUUUUGACAGAGUUUCAAUAGGGUUUUUUUAAAUACUUUAUUACCAUUUAUCAAGAAUUGUUGGUGUGAUACUAGUUUAUACGACAAGCCAAGUCGUCUUUAAUCAUGGAGUAAUUAUGACCAUAACUUAACCAAGUUAUAUAAGAUAUUAUAUUGAUCAUUUAAGUUAUCUUACAUGGAUUUGGAUUUUAAGCGAUAUCUUAUUUGUUUUUAAUAUAUGUAUCUUAUAUAUCAUAAACGAUACAAGCUAUCUCAUAUAUUUGUCUUGAUGAGAUACAUGUUUUUAAUUUAAUUAUGUUCAUAGAAAUUACAAGUCCUUUAAAUCUAGCUGUUUGUGUUUAUAUCAUUCAAGUACAGUGCAAUAAGAUGAAUAAACCUAAAUAAAGUUACAAUUGCAAUAUUAAA